UUGGGCCUCUUCCUCAUACAAGCCCACAUAAGCUAAGGUAUGUCAGUUAAGUCUCUCGUUCUUCUUCUCUCCGAUGUUGAGCUCAGAGCUGCGAUGGCUUUGAGAAAUCGUCAGCUAUGGCAGCAAACGAAGAUGAUUUACAAAGUGACGAUGGAGUAUUAUAGAUUCUUCAGUUCGAAACCGAAAGUAGAUUUGAGGAAACUAAGGCCAAUGAUUCUGAAAAGGAUUGAGGAUCGGGCGAAAGAUUAUCCAGUAAAAUCCAUGGUUCCUGUUGCUGAAGGCGUCUUUAAGGCUCGAACAAUACUCUACCAUGGCGUUUCCGCAUUAAUGCAACGUUUCCCAACUUGGGCAUGCAAAUACUGUCCAGAAGUAUAUAUUGGUGAGAAUGGUCAUUUGAUACAAACUUGUCAUGGUUACCGGCGGCGUGCUAAGAAUCAGGCUCAUGAGUGGAUUAGAGGAAGCUUGAAUGAUAUUCUAGUGCCAGUAGAGGCAUUUCAUUUGCGAACUAUGUUUCAGAAUAUAAUCAAUCACCAAGAAAGAUUUGAUUAUGAUCGCAUUCCAGCAGUUGUGGAACUGUGCUUGCAGGCAGGGGCUAUUCCAAGUGAAGAAAUUGUAUGCGGAAGUAGUUUGCCCUCAAGUGUUCCUUUUCAAGCUGACUCUUUGUCUGACGAUGAUUUGAUGUUGUUGGGAAGAGAAACCUUGAAGGCAUGGGAAGCACUUAGAUCUGGAGUUCAGAGGCUAUUGUUAGUAUAUCCAGCAAAGGUCUGUGAACAUUGCUCAGAAGUUCAUAUAGGACCUUCUGGACAUAAGGCUCGUCUUUGUGGUGUAUUUAAGUUUGAAAGUUGGCGAGGAAGUCACUUUUGGAAGAAGGCAGAAGUGGAUCAUUUGGUUCCUUCAAAAACAGUAUGGUACCGCCGACCCCAGGAUCCUCCAUUACUUCUGGAUGACGGGCGGAACUAUUAUGGGCAUGCUCCCGCUGUUGUUGAUCUGUGUACUAAGGCUGGAAUUAUUGCUCCUUCCAAGUACCAUUGCAUGAUGAAACUUGAAGGUCUAUCAGCCCCGUCUCUGUGAAAGGAAUGAUGGGAUCUUUUCCUGCUCUUAUUAGUGCAGUUUAACCAGCAACUGGAAGGUGGGUCUAAAUUGGGUAAUGCUUCUGAAGCCGGACUUACUUUUGUUAUUCAGGCAACCCUAAAACUUUAAUGGAUAUAGAAUGAAGAUUGGGUGGGGGUUAUGUUGUGCUCAAAGUCGUCUCUAACACCAAAAUAUUUCAUGAAGACAGGAAUAUCUUGUUGAUAUUCACAGGAGAUUUACUCGUAUUAUACUUGAGCAAUUCUCAUCAAUGGAGCAUUAUAUUUUGGUUGACUAGCCACUUAAAUCCGUCUCUGGGUUUUUCAAGAUCCAAAUAGGGAAAAUAAGGAAGUACAAUGAUGCAGAAGGAAGAGAAAAUGCAGCAGAAAGUGUGAUGAUCCCAGGACUUAGUUUUUAUUCUUCAUGGUCAGGAACACCAUUGCUCAGGCAAUAUAGUUCCCAUUGCAUAGAUUAUGCAUCUUUCAGCAUUUCUAGUUAAAUAUACAUAAUCUUUUUAAGAGUGAAAGCAGUUUUUAGUUGAUUGUCUCACAGCAGCUGUUCUUCAAGAUAACUAUUAUGUUCUCAGCGGAUACUCCUAUCUGCUUUAGUGGAGUGAAGUUGUAGCCUAACUAGGCUACGGAAAGUGUCGUCCUGUGUCAGAUUCAUAUACUUCCUGGUGAUAUGUAACAUGAUAUUUGUCAGCAGGUGAUUUGCAGUGAAAUGGAAGUGGAUCUCUGUUUGGAAGAAACUAUCUUUACAGGUUGAACAUGUCUUCCAAGUGUCCGACGGCUCACAUACAUCAUUAUUGUAAAGUUUAGAGUCAUUUUGUAAUAGAUAUCAUCAACCCAGUGUCAUGGCCUUUGAACUCUUGAGAUGUUUUGAUACAUAUAGUAACUUUUGUCGCUAUAAUUUAAUAGGUUCUGUACUGUUUAGUUUUGAGUUAUCAAGUUAGAUUGGCUGAACGUACUUUGGCAGCUCCUAGUCAAGCCACGUUUCGAUACUUGUGAAAAAGAAAGCCCUAUUGCUCAGUUCGCGAGAAUUGCUUUCAUCACUAACCAGUUCAGCUUGGCUAGUGGGCUUUCUGUCGUUGAGCGACAAAUGGGAAAUUUGUCAUCAGCUAAAUCUGUUAGGACUACGGUUGUUUUUGUAACCCAAAGUUAUCUGAGCUCUUGAUGCCAAUUGAAAAGUGUGACCACCAUUCAUUUAAAGCAAGAUUUAUGAAGCCCAAAUAACAAGAUUUAAUUAUGAUUAUUGACUGCCUCCUAA